AAAGACGUUGAUGAUGCGACUGUCGAAUUCAAGUCCGGAAGCAACGUUAGAAAGACCUUGGAAUUUCGUCGGUCGAAAUGACGUUGCAAACUCAACGUUAAAAAGACGUUGAAUAAACGUUGUGUGCCCGCUGGGAGAAAUGAUGUUAAAAAUUCUGUGGGACGACCCGAUUUACCUGGGUGUUUUUCCCAUAUAAAAAGUAUAGUUUAACUAUUUUAUCGUGCUAUUGAUCUACAAUCGUAGAAAAAAUUUUUAGGACGAAGGCAGUUUUUUCCUCAUUAUCCAAACAUGGAAAAACUGUCAAACAGUUAAUGAUCUGCAGCUCUGCAAAGUUGUUACUUUAAGCCAGGUAGACAGUGUUGAAAAGUUGCUACUUUUGCACACACGUAAGCCAGGUAGACAGUGUUGAAAAGUUGCUACUUUUGCACACACGUAAGCCAGGUAGACAGUGUUGAAAAGUUUAAAUUAUAAAUCAGGUAAUAAAAAAAUAAAAACAUUGAAAUUGACAUUCUGUGCUACUCUUACAAAUUGUGUGAUUAGCUCGUAAUCAAACAUUUACUCGUGCAAUUGGAAAUAAUCGAAAUCGUAUUUUUUUUUGUUUUUUAAAUUUAUCUUCGUGCUCACGGACUCGGAAAAUUAAAAGCAAAAAAGAAAUACUCGUUCUUUUAUUACCUAAUUGCUCUCGUAAACGUGCGAUUACAUAUACUAAUUACGCAAUUAAUUACGAUACAAUAGCUCUAGCUGCAGAUUAAUUUUUAUUUAAAUCUCUCACGGAUGACACUUUGUGAAUGGUUUUUCUACGUUAAGCCAUCCUUUUUAUAAAAAAAACGAAAUGCACAUUUCAAAAGUAUGGGAGUGCAAAAUCAAUGCAUAAGAUAUGUGGAAAGAUGACAGUAUGUACGUUGUUGGCUCAGAAGUUUUAUGAAAUAUACUAAACCAAAUACGUUAAUUUAUAGCUAGGCUGAUAAACUCCUUCCAUGUCUUCUUAGCUAGCUAUGUUGCUGUGAAGUUGGAGAGUUUCUUGUCAAUUUACUUUUUCAAUUUUCUUAAUAAUUUAAGUUAGCAGUUAAAAGCGCCUUAAAUAUCAGCGUACUGUUAAAUAACACCGUGUUUAGAUAAUGUAAGGUAAUGUGCGAUUGAUUCUAAGUUUUUCAAUAUUAUAUUUUAGGAACUAAAAAGGAAAUUUUUUGUUUUUUUGCCACAGUGAUCUGUGCGGGGAAAUAUGCCGCAAAAACUCCUAUACUUCCAAAAUUGGGGAAAAUUUCACCUCGUAAAUUUUUUUUUCAAUAAAGUGUUCUCCCAGUAUAAAGCUAACUAAUUUGUUUUUACAGGUGUACUCAGUAGCAGUUUCAAAAAUUGGGGAAUUGACUAUAAAACAUAAAUACUAACAAAUACGCCAGUAUAUUCAUUUUUAUCAUUAAAACGCAAUGUUACAUCAUCAUGGUCUUAAUAAUGCAACAGUACCAUAGAAGUUUCAUAGUUAUUAGUUUCAAACAAUGACUUAGAAAUGUACAGAUCGUCAAUGACACCACCACGAAUAUGGGUGGGUAAAGUGACAAUUUGAGUGUAGUCAAGAACUUGAAUUUGACGAAACAUAUAAUAAUUGCUAUCAACCUGGACUUUAACUUAUUGAGCUAAGACAACUUUUCUGGUAUAUCAGCUAUCGCUAACUUAUUAUGCACAGCUUGACAAGGUAGUUCAAUUUUUAACUUUAUUUUUACAUGUGUGACAAAUAUACUUUUUACCAUUAAAACUUCUUACCUUUGUGUCAUUUUCUAACAAAUGUUGUUCAUACUGCCUGGCAGUAUGCGGGAUUCGAUCUGCGGUCCCUGGAACUGGAAGCAGCAGACGAACUCACUACACCACGUGCGGCAAUUUAUUAGUGAUGCAGGUAGUAUGUUAGGGAUGCAGGUAGUAUGUUAGCGAUUCAGGUAGUAUGUUAGCGAUGCAGGUAGUAUGUUAUCGAUGCAGGUAGUAUGUUACCGAUGCAGGUAGUAUGUUAUCGAUGCAGGUAGUAUGUUACCGAUGCAGGUAGUAUGUUAACGAUACAGUAUGUUAGUGAUGCGCAAAAUAGUUCCUCUUCAGUAUAUUAUAUUCGGCUGUCAUGAUCAGAGGUCGGAUCAGGGUUAAACAUUCUCUGUUGAGAAUGAACAAACGGAUGUGCUAUGAUAAAGAAUUACCUAUACUUAUAUAUAUACUUAUACUUGGUUCUUGAUGUGGCUUUUGUAAUUGGCCAAACGAUGUUUCCAGCUGUUUGUGGAGCCAAUGCCUUGUUUUUUGCAUUUAAGACAAUAGCACAUGUAUACGACGUGUUUGGUAGUACAAGUGAGCUGUUUACGGAUUUUGAAAUGCUUCUUUGUAGCGUUGCAGGUAAGCAUAACGAGUCUAAUAUACAUACACAUGGCUACUUAACAUAACGCGUAACGAGUCUAAUGAACAUAAUAUAGUCAUACAUAAUGAACAUGAUAUGUUCAUUAUAUAUGACUAUACCAGAAAAUGCUGUCAACAUGUGUAUAUCAACAACUAAUAUCUGAGAAGCAAGUAAUGCAGCUUCUUUGGCGAUAUGUGCUCGAUUUGAAUAAAAGAUGUACAUUUUCAUGUCAGCGUGUAUUUAGUAGAUCUAACCUUACACUUAAAAAAUGACCUUCCUGAUAGCCGAAUCACUUGAUGUAACAUUAACACACGUAAUGGUGAAGUAGCAAAAAAUAUUAUUCAAUUAAAUUUAGCGUGAGUUUCAUCCGAAAUGUAAAGGAAAAGAAAAUAUCUACAGUAAAAGACAAAUCGAUCCUUUUGCCUAAUCAAGACAUUCUUCUGCCUGAUCAAGGGAUUUUCCUGUUUGAUCACAAAAUUAGAAAAUCAAAGAAUUAUUUACCCAGAAAGGCACAGUUAAAGUUGAAGAAUUCGUAAAGAAAUGAAGGCACAGAAGGUUGUAAAAGAGAGAACAAAGUAUCUUGUUUAAAGUCUGCAGAAUGCUUUUUUCUAAGAGCGUCAAUAGUGGUCCAUUCUGUGUGCCAAUCAUAGAUAAACAUUACGUGUAGCAUUGUGUUAUGUUUCGAAAUGUAGUUAUAUUUUAGAAUGCAGGGAUUUGAUAAAUUAUUUUGAAAACAGACCAAUUUUUGUUUCUUCUUUUUCAAUUUUUUUUUAGACAAGGAAACUUAACAUUUUAAUUAGCGUCAUGGUUUUUAAACGAAUUUAAUGAUAAUUUCUUAUUGUUGAUCUGAUCUCAUAUAUACAAGAUAGUUUACUGUUAACGAUUUAACCCAAUUUGGUCCAGGGGAGUGGUGGAUUUCCCCCCUUCUAUUCUCUUUUGAAAUCAUACUUUUUGCUAAAAAAAGAAAUAGAGACUUGAAACUUGGUAUGACAUGUUUUUAGAUUUGGUUUGAUAAAGCUGAGUCACAAAAUAUUUUCAUUAUUAUAGUUCCUGAGUUACUAAUCUUAGUAUUUUUCAGAGGCGCUGAUUAACGAUUUUUGACAGUAUAUCCAUUUUGACAAAAAUACAUACAUCAAGGGCAAUUCUAAGGGCUCGUGUGCCAUGUGUGCCAUGUUUAAUUGGUGCAACCUAGUUUCAUAUUUGCUAUUUUUUAAAAGCCCUAUCUCACAGAUAGACAAUAAAAAAUAUGACAUAAUUGUGUUGUAAAAUUCUGUUGCAGGAUGCCCAUAAAAGAAAAGUCACAAAAGGUCAGCUGCAGGUAUGUUGAUUUUACCCGCCCCUGCAUGAUUCUCCCUUCCCCGAUUUUUAUUAAUUACAUUCUGUUUUCAUAAAUAAAUUAAGUUAUUAUUAUUCAUAGAUAAUUAAGUUAUUAUUUGAUAAAUUUUUGUAAAUAGGGUCCCCAGAAAUAUUGGGAAUCCGAUUUCGAACAAGUCUUUGGGAGAAAUUUUAUUGAGGAACAAAGAAACAGUGUUUUUAGUCCUCUAUAAAUUUGCAAAUUUUACUUUGAAAACGUUUAUCUGGCUAGCUAAAUACCUGAAUGUGAACAAAAUAUAAAGCUAAAAGAUAUAAAGCUAGCUGUAAUCAACACGUCUACAUCAGGUGUUUGAUCACCUACUACGUGCUAAACCUGUUAAAAACCUUCCUGUUAGCUAGCUAGCCAGCAAUAUACAUUUGUUUUUCUUAUUUCAGCACUUUACUUUUUAUGUCGCUAUCUUUUUUCUUAAUAUACAACGCGACACUAAGAAGUAGUCAGUGAUAUUUUAAUAAAUCUACAAAGUAACACCAAACGCUUUUUAUAAAUUUGGCUGGCUUUUUAAGAAAAAAAGUUUUGUAGUGCACAAAUAUAAUCGACCACGGCUCUAUGCGCCAUUUUAAUCUUGGCCUAAAAAAGUCCUGGCUAAGGAAAAAGUCGUAAUAAUUACGGUCAACGAUACUAGGGUAUUUUUCGCCGUCAUCCGAUCCACCGUCAACAAGAAGGCAAAAAAAGCGUGAACGUGGAUAAUUGAAACAAAAUAAUAACAUUCGUUAGGAUUAUCCUUAGGACUUGAAACUUACAAGAUAACUUCAUUUCGUCAAGGGAAAUCUUUUUUAGAAUUUUGGGGACGUGAUUAACCCGAUUACCCGAUUGGUUUGGAUUUUACCCAACAAUCGGAAAAGACGGAUUUUCAGGCAAUUUUUGCCUUCAAACAUGCGAACUAUGUAAAGGCCGGAAAAUAUGUUCAAUAACUUUUAUUUGGCUGUCGCAAACUAUUAUAGGAACGAUUAUAAACGUUCGCUCCAGAACGCAAGUAAUUAGUUUAAAGCAUAUAGUGGCAUAUUAGACAAAUUUUAAGUCUCCGAUGACGUCACAGGAAAAGUACUGACAUUAGCAAAUAUUUGUUGCUGUCAUUUUGUUUCUUUUAUGACGUACUACAAGUGCGCCAAGUUUGAUUCAAUUUAAACAAGCCUGUCAAAAUUUCGAAAUACCCCGGACAAAUUUGGUUAAAUUUGUUUUUCCUAGAUGCUCAUAUUGAUGCUUAUGUCACAAAAUCAAUCAUAGCUUUUAAAAACUUACCAACGUUUUAAAAUAACAUAGCAUGUCAUUACAAAAUUUUAAAAUUUAAUCAAAGUGCGCACGCACUAAAAAAAAGAAAAAAUGUUUUUUUGAGCUUUUUACGCAAUAACGAAAAAAUGCGAUCUUUACUUUUGUUUUACUUUAUCUUUUUUACGUGUUGCCCUACUAUUGUAUCGAAAUGAGUAUACAACCAAAACACUAGAAUGAUACUUUAACUUCAAAUAUAUCACUGAUGUCGUCCUUAUGAAAAAUGAAAACUUGAAAUGUUUUUGGAAAAUGUUACGAACGCAAAAUAAAUUUUAUUUCAAAAUAGCACGUACAAGUUCGUUAUUAGAGAUAUUAUGCUUUGAUACAUAGCAAUGAAGGUCUCAGUAUGAUGGUGUUAUCAGCCUGGAUAUUUCAAUAAACUAAAACUCGCGAGAGUUUUGUUUUAUUGUCUAUUGUGUUUUAUUAAAAACAGCGGCCUAAAUAAAUAGAUAUGGUUUGGGUUGAGAACAUUAAUAGCUGUGCUCAAGUUAUUAAGACCCCAUCCUUCAUAUAAAUACGACGUCAGGCAAAUUCAUGCUAAGAUGAUGAGGAAAACUAUCCACAAAUUAAUGCACUUCCGGUUCGUUGGAAUUCAGUUCAAUCAAAGCGUUAAACAUCAUCGUUUCCAAUAUCUGAAAGGUGUACAUUUAUAUUUCCUAUUGAAUGUUUUUUAACCGUAGUUAUUUUAGCUCAAUAGAAUUUAUAAAGGAAGGUGUUUUACAUCAACUGAAUAUUAAUCGUUUUGCGAUAAUAUUAAUUUGUUAAGAACACAAGACUGCACAUUGUGAUCCCAAAGAAAAAAAUGCUGGUAAAUUUGUCAACAAUGUUUUAUUUUGUUCUUUUAUUGUUGAUUUCGUUGAACACAGUGGGGUGGAGAACUUACCUCCCCAGUUAAAGUAAUGGUUGAAGUAAUGGUUAAAGUAAUGGUUGAAGUAAUGGUUAAAGUAAUGGUUAAAGUAAUGGUUAAAGUAAUGGUUGAAGUAAUGGUUAAAGUAAUGGUUAAAGUAAUGGUUAAAGUAAUGAUUGAAGUAAUGGUUAAAGUAAUGUUUAAAGUAAUGGUUGAAGUAAUGGUUAAAGUAAUGGUUAAAGUAAUAGUUAAAGUAAUGGUUAAAGUAAUGUUUAAAGUAAUGGUUGAAGUAAUGGUUAAAGUAAUGGUUGAAGUAAUGGUUAAAGUAAUGUUUAAAGUAAUGGUUGAAGUAAUGGUUAAAGUAAUGGUUAAAGUAAUGGUUAAAGUAAUGGUUAAAGUAAUGGUUAAAGUAAUGGUUAAAGUAAUGGUUAAAGUAAUGGUUAAAGUAAUGGUUAAAGUAAUGGUUAAAGUAAUGAUUGAAGUAAUGGUUAAAGUAAUGUUUAAAGUAAUGGCUGAAGUAAUGGUUAAAGUAAUGGUUGAAGUAAUGGUUAAAGUAAUGGUUGAAGUAAUGGUUAAAGUAAUGGUUGAAGUAAUGGUUAAAGUAAUGUUUAAAGUAAUGUUUAAAGUAAUGGUUAAAGUAAUGGUUGAAGUAAUGGUUAAAGUAAUGGUUGAAGUAAUGGUUAAAGUAAUGUUUAAAGUAAUGGUUAAAGUAAUGGUUGAAGUAAUGGUUAAAGUAAUGGUUGAAGUAAUGGUUAAAGUAAUGGUUAAAGUAAUGGUUGAAGUAAUGGUUAAAGUAAUGGUUGAAGUAAUGGUUAAAGUAAUGGUUAAAGUAAUGUUUAAAGUAAUGGUUAAAGUAAUGGUUGAAGUAAUGGUUAAAGUAAUGGUUGAAGUAAUGGUUAAAGUAAUGUUUAAAGUAAUGGUUAAAGUAAUGGUUGAAGUAAUGGUUAAAGUAAUGGUUGAAGUAAUGGUUAAAGUAAUGUUUAAAGUAAUGGCUGAAGUAAUGGUUAAAGUAAUGGUUGAAGUAAUGGUUGAAGUAAUGGUUAAAGUAAUGGUUGAAGUAAUGGUUAAAGUAAUGGUUGAAGUAAUGGUUAAAGUAAUGUUUAAAGUAAUGGUUAAAGUAAUGGUUGAAGUAAUGGUUAAAGUAAUGGUUGAAGUAAUGCUUAAAGUAAUGUUUAAAGUAAUGGUUAAAGUAAUGGUUGAAGUAAUGGUUAAAGUAAUGGUUGAAGUAAUGGUUAAAGUAAUGGUUAAAGUAAUGGUUGAAGUAAUGGUUAAAGUAAUGGUUAAAGUAAUAGUUAAAGUAAUGUUUAAAGUAAUGGUUAAAGUAAUGGUUGAAGUAAUGGUUAAAGUAAUGGUUGAAGUAAUGGUUAAAGUAAUGGUUAAAGUAAUGGUUGAAGUAAUGGUUAAAGUAAUGGUUGAAGUAAUGGUUAAAGUAAUGGUUAAAGUAAUGUUUAAAGUAAUGGUUAAAGUAAUGGUUGAAGUAAUGGUUAAAGUAAUGGUUGAAGUAAUGGUUAAAGUAAUGUUUAAAGUAAUGGUUAAAGUAAUGGUUGAAGUAAUGGUUAAAGUAAUGGUUGAAGUAAUGGUUAAAGUAAUGUUUAAAGUAAUGGCUGAAGUAAUGGUUAAAGUAAUGGUUGAAGUAAUGGUUGAAGUAAUGGUUAAAGUAAUGGUUGAAGUAAUGGUUAAAGUAAUGGUUGAAGUAAUGGUUAAAGUAAUGUUUAAAGUAAUGGUUAAAGUAAUGGUUGAAGUAAUGGUUAAAGUAAUGGUUGAAGUAAUGCUUAAAGUAAUGUUUAAAGUAAUGGUUAAAGUAAUGGUUGAAGUAAUGGUUAAAGUAAUGGUUGAAGUAAUGGUUAAAGUAAUGGUUAAAGUAAUGGUUGAAGUAAUGGUUAAAGUAAUGGUUAAAGUAAUAGUUAAAGUAAUGUUUAAAGUAAUGGUUAAAGUAAUGGUUGAAGUAAUGGUUAAAGUAAUGGUUGAAGUAAUGGUUAAAGUAAUGGUUAAAGUAAUGGUUGAAGUAAUGGUUAAAGUAAUGGUUAAAGUAAUGGUUGAAGUAAUGGUUAAAGUAAUGGUUGAAGUAAUGGUUAAAGUAAUGUUUAAAGUAAUGGUUAAAGUAAUGGUUGAAGUAAUGGUUAAAGUAAUGGUUAAAUUAAUGUUUAAAGUAAUAGUUAAAGUAAUGGUUGAAGUAAUGGUUAAAGUAAUGGUUGAAGUAAUGGUUGAAGUAAUGGUUAAAGUAAUGGUUAAAGUAAUGUUUAAAGUAAUGGUUGAAGUAAUGGUUAAAGUAAUGGUUAAAGUAAUGGUUGAAGUAAUGGUUGAAGUAAUGGUUAAAGUAAUGGUUGAAGUAAUGGUUAAAGUAAUGGUUAAAGUAAUGUUUAAAGUAAUGGUUGAAGUAAUGGUUAAAGUAAUGGUUAAAGUAAUGGUUAAAGUAAUGGUUAAAGUAAUGGUUGAAGUAAUGGUUGAAGUAAUGGUUGAAGUAAUGGUUAAAGUAAUGGUUGAAGUAAUGGUUAAAGUAAUGGUUAAAGUAAUGUUUAAAGUAAUGGUUGAAGUAAUGGUUAAAGUAAUGGAUAAAAGAAUGGUUAAAGUAAUGGUUGAAGUAAUGGUUAAAGUAAUGGUUGAAGUAAUGGUUAAAGUAAUGGUUGAAGUAAUGGUUAAAGUAAUGUUUAAAGUAAUGGUUAAAGUAAUGGUUGAAGUAAUGGUUAAAGUAAUGGUUGAAGUAAUGGUUAAAUUAAUGUUUAAAGUAAUAGUUAAAGUAAUGGUUGAAGUAAUGGUUAAAGUAAUGGUUAAAGUAAUGGUUAAAGUAAUGGUUGAAGUAAUGGUUAAAGUAAUGGUUAAAGUAUUUGAUGUUGAUGUAGCAAAACAUGCUUUUACCGGUACAGCUUUUAUUAGAAACCUUAUUUACCUAAAAAAUGAUGUAACUUUUUAUUUCAUUAUAUUUCAGUUUUGCGGUGAAAAGUAAUAAAAACGAUUUUUAGUAAUUAGUCUAAGAACACCUGUUGCAAAUGCUGUACGGCUUAUAUGUUGUUCCGGGCUGCUUUUUUCUGUAUAAUAUGAUUUGUUUUUCUCAAAUGGUAUGACCCGCCUUAUAUAUCCAUUCUUGUAGCAAUAUACAUAAAUGAAUUUUAAUUUCAGAAACUACACAAAAAUUUAUUCUGAUAACUUUUUUUUUUCCAAAAAAUGUUAUAUGUUAUAUAAACAAUUGACUUAUUUUUUAUUACAAAUCUUUUUCAUGUAUCUAAGUAACCAGUGAAGAUAUUAAGUUGGUUUAUUAUGUGGAAGUAAAACGUUAACGACAAGAGAUGGAUUUUUUAAUAACUCAUGCUAUAUUUAUCUAUCAGACACCUGCCUGCCAAAUUUUUAGGUCCCAUACCCCCAGAGGCUUUGAUAUUGGCUAUUACUUGAAACUGCCCCUAAAAAUCUCUAUAAAAUUCUUAUAAUCAGGACAAUAUAAUAAGUCUUGUUAGGAUAAUCCUUUUAAACUUGAAACAUACAAUACAACUUUGUAUCAUCAAGUAGAAUCCCCUUUUAUGUUUUGGAGACGUGAAUAAUCCGAUUUCCUGAUUUUUUGGAAUUUACCCAAACGUCGGAAAAAACGGAUUUUCGGACAGUUUUCUGCAAUCUUUUAGGCCAGCUAUGUAAAAAAUGGAAAAUAUGUUUAAUAACUUUUCUUUGGCUUUUAGAAAAUUCAAAUAAAAUGUCAAAAUAUGUUGGAAAAUCUCCGGACCGAAUAGGGUUAAAAGCUCUUUUGAAAUGAAAAAGCUUAGCCUCUACCAGGUCAAUUGCUUUUUUGACUUUUUUGCAUUACAUUUUCUGAUGAAAUAAUAAAAAAUGUCAUUGCUUUGAAUUUAAGAUAUCAUCAGUUAACUAUGUACUAUCUGGAGAUUUCCUUAACAUAUGUGAUAUGGGGUUGUAGAAAAUUUUGAUGGAGAAGAUGUGUUAUAUGAGGUCGUAAAAAGUUUUGGUGGUGCUGAAUCUGUUCUGUCCACUAUAAGGUCAUAUUUAAGUAUUUAUAUUCUACCUCAGAAAAUAUCCAAUAAUCAAACACUAGUACAAACAGAACAGGUUGCACAUUCCGACCAUCAAUAAUAAAAAGAAAGCAAGCUGCUCGACAUAUGUAGAUUUAAAUUAACUAUUUAUUGUUCUUAUGCAUAAAGAAGACGAUAAGAAUUAUUCAUCAGCAGGUACCUCAGACGAGCGGGAAAGUGAUGAACGAAAAAAAGGUGGUAAGGUUAAGCGUUACCAGUUUUUUCUUUUCUGUAAUUUUAACGUUUAGAAGAAUCAUUGAAAUGAUAUAAAAAUCCACUUUUCUGACUUUAGUGCUUGCAUAAUUUAAACUACAACAUAGUCGCGCUAUUUUUAAUACUUUCAAGUUGAAUAAACGCAUAUUUUAAAAACUGAUUGUCUAGAGGAUGUAAUAGGACAAAUUAUUGAAUAUUCUGAAAUUGGGAAAUUCAAAUUUCGGUUAUUAUGGUAUAUUAUAGUCUGUUACCCGUGGCAAAAUCCACGGGGUAGCCCGUCCUUUAUAUAUCGCAUUUCGUGUAACCGUAACACGACAUUUUUCUCGCAGACAGACAGACAAAGUACAGAUUUUUUUAUAGAGAUGCAAAAAUAUUAGAGAUUUACAUGAAAUAUUUUAAAAACAGUUGAAAUCAUUCUAGAUAAUUUCAUAGUACAAAUUGAUAACAGCAGUGUACUAUUCAUUUUUGAUUAUGAGUUUUUUGAUAUUUUCAAUUAGGGAUUCACCAUAAUUUCUGAGCAGCACAACAAGAUUGCAGAUAACAAACUUUAUUUUCUUAAGAAAAUUUAUUAUUUACAUGUUUCGAUUUUAUUAACAACCAUCAUCAGAAUGAAUUAAAAGUUUAAAAUUCAAGGUUAUAUAUAUACGGUUUUUACAAGCUCGAGUAAAAUUUGUAAUUCGGUGAGAUAAAAAAAAUCAAUGGAAAAUAUAAAACUAAGGUGAAAAACGUACAGUAGUUUAUAAAAUUGUUGUCGGGGUAAUAAAUAUACUUUGUUACAAUGGAGAGUUUAAUUACGAAUGAAUAGUAAUCUGUUUACAAUUACUUACGUAAAUAAAUAAACUAAUAAAUCAAAACAAAAUUAUCAAGAAGACAAGGUUAAUAAUGCAUUGCUUGACUUGCUUAUUCAGACCGUUUUAUCCAAGAAAUAUGCAAACCCUC